AUGCCACGUGGUUUCACUGUUUCAGAUCUGGAAGCGCAUGUUAGCACCAAUGCGGCGCAAAUUAGCAAGAAUGAAGAGUUUAAGAAUCUUCUUACCACAUCCUCGGCCGACGCAGGACCAGGAGAAAGGGAGUCGGCACCAGGUCCGGGAGCUUCCGCCGGCGGCGCGGGUGGGCCGAGGCCGAGCAUCUCCGGAGCCGGUGCAGGUGCGUGGUGCCUCUUGGACCUCUUGCUGGGAGCAGGGGCCUCCACCGGCGUCUCAGUGGGCGGGGCGGAAGCCGGCGCCGGCGGAGUCGCGACCUCAGGAGCCGGAGACGGCGGAGACUGGACCGGAGCCGUGGCUGGAGGCGGCGAGGAGAUGGUGGGCGGGGGAACAGGCGGGGGGCUCGCCGGCGCCGGCGACGGAGGAGAGCUGACCGGCGCGGGAGUCGGUGGGGUCGAGGCUGGAGCUGAUGCCGGUGGAGAUGAGACCGGAGCCGCCGGCGGUGGUGUCGAUGUGGGUGGUGGAGUGGCUGUUGUGGUGGGUGGAGCAGCAGGUGGGGUGGUGAUGGUGCCGGAGGCUGGCGCGGAAGCCGGAGGCUGGCCGCCGACGAUAGAGACGGCGACGCAGAUGAAUGCGAGCAGGAAUCCCGUUUUCCGGUUCAUGGCUUUUUAUGCGGCAGCUCGUAAGGAUGAGAGAGAAACAGUGAAGGUGUAG